AUGGACCUCUUGCAGAAAGCAGGCAAAUACCCCCCACCCCCCGGAACCACCGACAUCCUGGGCCCCGAGGCUGCUGGGAUCGUCGUCUCCAGCACCCUCUACAAAGAGGGUACUCCAGUCGCCUGUCUCUUACCUGGGGGCGGCUACGCGGAGUACGUGGCUGCUGACCCAGCCCUUUGCUUUCCAAUACCCUCAAAUCUCACUAUUAAAGAGGCAAGGGCCGCCUGCAUCCCGGAGAACUGGAUAACUGCAUAUCAGCUGCUUGAAGAAGUCGCAAGGCUCUCGGACUUCAAGGCGAACGGGGGCAAACCCUCCGGCAUAAAGCACGCCCUUGUGUACGCAGCUGGCUCAGGGGUUGGCGUGGCGCUGCUGCAGCUCUUUAGGGUUUUCAUUCCCUCAGUUUCUGUCAUUGCUGUUGCGGGUUCAAACGAGAAGCUGCAGAGGGUGAAGGAACUCGGUGCGGCGGUCUGUCUGAACUACAAAGAGUUGGGAGAUUCUCUUGGAGACGAAGUGCUCAAAGCAACGGGCGGCCAGGGAGUAGAUAUAGUGCUGGACUGCGUCGGAGCUUCUUUUGUAAACCAAACCCUCAAAAGCCUGAAGACGGAUGGAACGUGGGUGUUGUAUGGCUGCAUGGGGGGCCACCGCGCAAACCUCUCUUUUGGGGUUUUGCUGCAGCAGCGGCUGCGGCUUCUCAGCAGCACUUUGAGGAGCCGCUCUUCUCUUUAUUUAUCUUCUCUUGUCAGCAGAUUCAAAACAGAAGUUGUUCCUCUCUUCCAGCAGAACAAACUCAAGGUAAUAAUAGACGCGGAGUUUUCCCCCGAAGCUGCUGAAGAGGCCCACAAGCGCAUGCAGAGCAACAGCAACUUUGGCAAAGUUUUGAUUCUCAUGGACCCCCAACUCGCCUCUCUAAACCCUAAACCCUAA